UUUUCUCAAUUCUCCUUCAAUCUCCGCUCCCAUUUCUCUUUUCCCUCUCAAUUCUCCUUUCAAAAAACUCAGUCCCCAAAAAAAGAACCCAAACCCUAAACCUAACCCUAGACUCUCAAUCUCUCAGAUCUAGGGUUUGAAUCGCCAUGGAGAAGUACGAGAAGCUGGAGAAGGUCGGCGAGGGGACCUACGGCAAAGUCUACAAAGCCCAGGACAAGGCCACCGGCCAACUCGUCGCGCUCAAGAAAACUCGCCUCGAGAUGGACGAGGAGGGGAUCCCUCCGACUGCGCUUCGCGAGAUCUCGCUCCUUCAGAUGCUCUCUCAGAGCAUUUAUGUCGUCAGAUUGUUGAAUGUGGAGCAUGUGGAUAAGAAUGGGAAGCCGAUGCUUUAUUUGGUGUUUGAGUAUUUGGAUACAGAUCUGAAGAAGUUUGUUGAUGUGUACCGUAAAGGGCCAAACCCUCGGCCACUUCCUCCGAAUGUCAUCCAGAGUUUCAUGUAUCAGUUGUGUAAAGGAGUUGCUCACUGUCAUAGUCAUGGAGUGCUCCACAGGGAUUUGAAGCCCCAGAAUCUUUUGGUGGACAAAGAGAAAGGGAUCUUGAAGAUAGCUGAUCUUGGGCUUGGAAGAGCCUUCACGAUUCCUCUUAAGAGCUACACUCAUGAGAUUGUUACACUCUGGUAUAGAGCUCCUGAAGUGCUAUUAGGAACAAGCUACUACUCGACUGGAGUAGACAUGUGGUCUGUAGGGUGCAUUUUCGCUGAAAUGGUGAGGAGACAGGCUUUAUUUCCUGGUGACUCAGAAUUACAGCAAUUGCUUCACAUCUUCAGGUUGCUGGGGACUCCAUCUGAAGAACAAUGGCCUGGUGUGAGCUCUCUCAGAGACUGGCAUGAAUAUCCACAGUGGAAGCCCCAGAACUUGGCACGUGCUGUCCCGUCACUGGAGCCCGAGGGCAUUGACCUAUUAUCUAAAAUGCUCCAAUAUGAUCCAGCGAACAGGAUAUCAGCAAAGGCAGCAAUGGAUCAUCCAUACUUCGACACCCUCGACAAGUCGCAGUUUUGAUGUUCUUGGUUUUCAAUGAAAUUUGUAGCAGAAAGCUUCUCCCUUUCAAGUUUGAUUGGAAAAGGAGUAUAUCACUGUUGUGGCAACUGCACUAGUUGUCUUAAAAAGUUUGGCUGAUGUAUGGAGUCUGUUCUCAAUUUGCUUCAAGGUUUCACGAAGUUGUAUAAAACUAGCUAAAUAUAAGUACAUUGUUCUCAAA